AUGUUCUACAGAAAUGGCUAUCGACUCGGUGAAAAAAUUGGGACUGGUUCUUUUGCUAUUGUUAGAAAGGCUCUCAACUCGGCUACGGGAAAGCCUAUGGCCGUCAAAAUAAUUGAUCAUAAUCUCGCUACUAAGGAAGUCCAAGAAAAGUUUCUACCCAGAGAAUUGGAAAUCAUAAGUACACUGAAACAUCCCAACAUAAUAGAGGUCGAAAAAAUCGUCAGGUUUGGUCCGUAUACGUGCGUUAUAAUGGAGCAAGCGAAAGAAGGAGACCUGCUGGAAUUUAUCUUGAAAAAAGGUUGCAUGGCAGAACCACCUGCCAAAAAAAUUAUUAACGGUAUUGUAAAGGCCUUACAAUAUUGCCAUUCAAACAAUAUCGCACACAGAGACCUCAAAUGCGAAAAUAUACUACUGGGUGAUCACGGAGAUCCUAAAUUAUCAGAUUUCGGUUUUGCAAGAUGUGUAACAGAUCCGAUCAAUAAAAAGAGAUUACUGAGUCGUACGUUUUGCGGUAGUGCAGCUUAUGUACCUCCAGAAGUGCUGAGAGGAACCCCGUACAAUCCGAUGAUGUCGGACGUCUGGAGUCUCGGGGUCAUAUUUUUCAUCGUCGUCACUGGCCUCAUGCCAUUCGACGAUUCCAAUCUCCCUAAAAUGGUUGAAAGUCAAAUUAAAAAGAAGUGGACCUUUCCGAAAAACUGCAAGGAUAGACUAUCAUCCGAGUGCCAACAUCUCAUUAGAAAGAUGCUGGAGCCAGACAUCAUGUUACGAGUAACGAUAAAUCAAUUAGCCAAUAAUGAAUGGUUAAAAUCAGACACAACCGUAGACAAGUCAACGUGA